GCGGCCGGCUGCGGGGUCGCGUGCGGCUCCACCAUGGCCGAGUCUGUGGAGCGGCUGCAGCAGCGGGUGCAGGAGCUGGAGCGCGAACUGGCCCAGGAGAGAAGCCGGCGCGUCCUUGGGGGCGGCGACGGGGCGGGCGGGCGGGCCCGGAUCGAGAAGAUGAGUCCCGAAGUGGUGGAUUCCAAUCCCUACAGCCGCCUGAUGGCAUUGAAACGAAUGGGAAUUGUGAGUGACUAUGAGAAAAUCCGGACCUUUGCUGUAGCGAUAGUAGGUGUUGGUGGAGUCGGGAGUGUGACUGCGGAGAUGCUGACAAGAUGUGGCAUUGGUAAGUUGCUACUCUUUGACUAUGACAAGGUGGAACUGGCCAAUAUGAAUAGACUUUUCUUCCAGCCUCAUCAAGCAGGAUUAAGUAAAGUUCAAGCAGCAGAACAUACUUUGAGGAACAUUAAUCCUGAUGUUCUUUUUGAAGUACACAACUACAAUAUAACCACAGUGGAAAACUUUCAACAUUUCAUGGAUAGAAUAAGUAAUGGCGGAUUAGAAGAAGGAAAACCUGUUGAUCUAGUUCUUAGCUGUGUGGACAAUUUUGAAGCUCGAAUGACAAUAAAUACAGCUUGUAAUGAACUUGGACAAACAUGGAUGGAAUCUGGGGUCAGUGAAAAUGCAGUUUCCGGGCACAUACAGCUCAUCAUUCCUGGAGAAUCAGCUUGCUUUGCGUGUGCACCACCUCUUGUAGUUGCUGCAAAUAUCGAUGAAAAAACUCUGAAACGAGAAGGUGUCUGUGCAGCUAGUCUUCCUACCACUAUGGGAGUAGUGGCUGGGAUCCUGGUACAAAACGUGUUAAAGUUUCUGUUAAAGUUUGGUACAGUUAGUUUUUACCUUGGAUACAAUGCAAUGCAGGACUUUUUCCCUACGAUGUCCAUGAAGCCAAAUCCCCAGUGUGAUGACAGAAAUUGCAGGAAGCAGCAGGAAGAAUAUAAGAGAAAGGAAGCAGCACUGCCCAAGCAGGAUGUCGUUCAAGAAGAGGAGGAAAUAAUACAUGAGGAUAAUGAAUGGGGUAUUGAGCUGGUAUCGGAGGUUUCAGAAGAGGAACUGAAAAAUUCUUCAGGUCCAGUUCCUGACCUACCUGAAGGAAUUACAGUGGCGUAUACAGUUCCAAAACAGCAAGAAGAUGCUGAACCUGCAGUAACAGUGGAAGAUUCUGGUGAAAGCUUGGAGGAACUCAUGGCCAAAAUGAAGAAUAUGUAAAUAAUGGACUGGCUUGUAUUCUAUUUCUGGUAUUUAAGCCUAUUCCCUUGAAAUUAAAAAUAUUUUCCCUUAAACUAAUAAAAAUUAGGGCAACAUUAACUGAUGUAUAUAAUCUUCA